ACAGGAACAAGAAAGUUGAAACGUGCAGUAAGACAAGUAAAAUAUUCUUCAGAUGGAAGUUUAGUUUAUUCCAUUAGUAAAAAUAAGGCUUUAUGCGUUUAUGAUGUUCAAUCGAAUAAGAGGAUUCGUUGCAUUCGUGAGUCGCAUGACGAUAUACCAUAUUCUAUGAGUCUCUUACCUUCCUCUUCUGUAAAGGGACAACAAAUUGCGACUGCCGAUGAAUCUGGCGAAAUUCGAACCUGGGAUAUGCGUUCACCACAGCCAAUUAUUUGCACUUUUCAUGAGCAAGAAGAAGUAAUUAAUGCCUUGGAAACACACGGUCAUAUGUUGUUGGCUGCUAGUUCUGAUGGAACUUUGGGUUCAUACGAACUGCGAAGGCGAAAACUAUUCUUACGUUCUGAAUCAAUGGGGAAUGAAUUGUUGUCUAUAGGUAUUACCAAUGGAUAUUUGGAUAUAUUUAAAGUCAAUGAGUAUGGUAACUUGCUAGAGCGUAUAAAAUGUAAUCAUUCAUUAGGUAUUGACUGCAUGCAAGUUUUGCGAACAAAUGUUAUUUUGACAGCUUCCAAUGAGGAUGACAUUCAUCUGAAUCCGAAUAAAAAACUGGGAGCGGUUGGAAAUUUCUAUGGCGGCAUUCAGCAGUUAGCAAUUAGUGCUAAUAAAGAUUGGCUUGUUUCUCUGGGAUUCAUGAAAUCAAAAAUCAAAUUUUGGGAUCUUGGUCAAAUAUUGAGCAAUGUACAUUUUUGA